CGAUUGUAAUUGAAUCCUCACAAAAAAAUUCCAAACGCAUUCCGCAAGUAGUUCGUGUUAGGUAAGAUACUGAAAUAUUUUUCCGUCAGACAUACUUUUAUAUAUUUGCGGUCUUUAGAACACCAGUAAUGCGUUUCAACACGCAAUUCAUCAUUCCGUUUUUCUUCUGCGUUGCGUUUGUGUAUCUACGAUCUGUAAAAGCGCAAUUGUCACAAAGCACCAUAAAUAUUGCGCAGGGAAAAGAAAUAACGGCAAGCGCAACUUGUGGCUAUGAUUUACCUCCAGGUGAAAAGCAAGAACUGUUUUGUAAACUUUCCACAGUACCCGGAAAAUUUGGACGAAACGGUCUUGAGUGUGAUUAUUGUAAUCCGCGUUUGAGACAUGGUGCCGCAAAGGACGUCAAAGAUCAUGACAUACGCUACGCAAUUGAUUCAACUGAAAGAUGGUGGCAGAGUCCACCGCUGUCUAGAGGGCUUGAAUACAACCAAAUCAAUGUUACCAUUAACUUGGGUCAGGUUUACCACGUUGUGUAUGUUGUCAUCAAAACAGCCAACUCUCCAAGACCUGGCACAUGGAUUCUGGAAAGAUCACGUGACUUUGGUGUUACCUAUACACCAUGGUAUUAUUUUGCGCCCUCGCGUAGCGAAUGUCUCGAGUUAUUCAAUAUUAACCCAUUGGUGCCAUUGCAAAGGGAUAAUCAAGUUCUCUGUGAAAGCAGAUACUCUGAAAUACCACCAUUUGAGAAUGGCGAGAUGUACAUAUCCCUUGUAAACGGCCGGCCCAGUGCAUUGCAAUAUCAGUUAAGCCCCACGUUGCAGGACUGGAUGGAAGCCACAAAUGUUCGCUUACGUUUGUUGGCAACCAAGACUCUUUUAGGCGAAUAUUUACCGCUGGCCAAAGGAGAUGAUACUGUCACGCGAAGGUAUUUUUAUUCAAUAAAAGAUCUAACUAUCGGUGGUUUGUGCAUCUGCAAUGGCUACGCUGAACAAUGUGCUUUUGGACCAAGCAGAGAGCGUACGUACUGUCAAUGUCAGAAUAACACUUGUGGAGCUACGUGCUCUGAAUGCUGUUCAGGUUACAACCAAUACAAGUGGAAGUCAGGAUUUGAGAGAGGUGAAGGUUGUGAAGCUUGUAAUUGUCACGGUCAUUCAGAUAAAUGUGAAUACAGAGAAGAUAUUGAUGCGCAAAACAAAAGUAUAAAUAUUGCUGGUGAAUAUAGUGGAGGUGGUGUGUGUAUUGACUGUAAGGACAAUACCGAUGGAAUUAAUUGUGAAGUUUGCAAACCCAAAUAUUACAAUCCCACUGGUGUACCAAUCACCGACAAAAACGCUUGCAUUCCAUGCAACUGCAAUGAAACCUUUUCAACGGGAGCAUGUGAUAAUGGUGAUGGACAGUGUCAAUGUAAAGAAAAGUUUGCAGGAAAAAAGUGUGAUCAAUGUAGUUUGGGAUUUUAUGACUUCCCAGAUUGCAAACCGUGUCAGUGUAACGCUAUUGGAACAAAAGAUCGUUUAUGUCAAGCCAAUGGUGAUCAAUGUCCAUGUAAAGACAACUAUGCUGGUCCUAAGUGUAACAGAUGCGCUCCUGGAUUCUAUAAUUUUCCGUUAUGUGUAGAAUGUGAAUGCAACGAGCAGGGAUCUUAUUCUGGAGGAUGUGAUAUUUCUAGUGGAGAGUGUUCGUGUUUUGGUAAUUUUCAAGGAAGGAGAUGUGAUCAAUGUGCUGAUGGUCAUUACGCAUAUCCAAGCUGUCGACGAUGUUCAUGUGAUGAAAAUGGCGUGACAAAUGCAAUUUGUGAUAAACGUAGUGGUGCCUGUUUCUGUAAACCUGGCUUCAGCGGACCUCUUUGCAAUGUUUGUGCCGUAGGCUACUAUAAUUAUCCAUUUUGCACAGCAUGUCAAUGCUCUGGUGAUGGUUCUUUGUAUCCUAACUGUGAUGGAGACGGUAACUGUAGAUGUAAGCCACAAUAUGCUGGUAAGAAAUGUGAUCGUUGUGCGCUUGGUUAUUAUGCAUAUCCAAACUGCGUGCCAUGCACAUGUGACCGACGUGGAUCGUUGAGUGAUUACUGUGAUCCAGACGACGGGCAGUGUCGAUGUAAGGAAAACUUCGCUGGUCGUUUUUGCAGCAUUUGUAAAUCUGGUUAUUAUGGUUUUCCCGAAUGUCAGAAAUGUAGAUGCAAUCCUGCGGGUGUUCAGUCGCUCUCAGGUCGACCCAACGGUGAAUGCAUUAACGAGGGUCAGUGCAUUUGCAAACGUUUUGUCGUGGGUAGAAAUUGCAGUAAAUGUAAGCCAAGAACCUAUAGACUGGAAGCCAGCAAUCCGUAUGGUUGUAAAGAAUGUCGUUGUGACGUCAAAGGAGUACUUGCUGGAAUGCAGAUGUGUGAUCAGGAGACUGGUAAAUGUACAUGUAAGGAACGCGUGACGAGCAAGAGGUGUGAGAUAUGUAAAGAUGGAUAUUACGCGUUGAGACGGGCAAAUGCUUUUGGAUGUUCAGGAUGUAAUUGCAAUGUUGGUGGAUCUUCCAGUCCAAUUUGUGAUAAAUUCGUCGGACAAUGUGACUGUCUUCCUAAUGUCGAAGGAAGAAAAUGUGACAGACCCUCACCGAGACAUUAUCACGCUGAUUUGUUUCAACAAUUUGCUGAGAUAGAGGACGGUCGCACACCUGAAAAUAAAUCAGUUCGCUUUAGAUAUAGUGAGAAAGAGUUUAAAGGCUAUUCGUGGAGGGGUUAUGGUGUCUUCUCUUACUUUCAGAGGUCUGUCAUCGUCCGUGUGAAUGCAAAGUGGCGCGAGAACUAUCACAUGGUGUUCCAUUAUGUUCUCAAUGGUAGCGAAAAUGCACAUGGCGAAGUUAUUGUUCGUCGUGUUGGUAGCCAUCAAGGUGUUACACAAAGGGGCAAAGUCACGUUUAAACCGACUAAAGAGAAUGGCGAUGCUAGCAAUCGUUUUGUCGUCGUUGGGGAAAAUGGCACCUCCACUCAGUUCGCCAUGUUGGAUGGGUUAUAUGAUAUUCAGUUCACCACUGAUUCAAAUAAGUUGUUGUUGGAUUACGUCACUAUUGUGCCGGUAUUUUAUCCUGGUCCAGAACGCAACGAUGAUACAAAGGACAUAGGAAAUGUGCACGUGCUUCGUGAGACUGUGACACGUGCAUGUGAAGUGAAAAGAGAAAAUAAAGAGGAGGAUUUAUGUGUGCAAUAUUCACAUGUGAGCGUGAACAAGCCUGGUUUUGUGAAGGCUGAUGCAGAAAAAGAGGGCUUCGUUUAUAACCGAGUCCUCCGCAGGCCAGUACCCACACAGGCAUUCACAGACAACAAUAUUCUUAAACAGCUCGAUUUUUCUUCAUUGGCACUCUUGAAUAGGAACCAGACCAAUCUCGAGAUCAAUAAAAAGAUACCAAAAUCUGGGAAAUAUGUUGUAUUACUUCAGUACUUUACUACCCAUCCUACAACUCAAUAUAUGGAUUUCUACUUAUCACCCUAUAAUUCCGCGAAAAGUCACGCGAGAUUCCACCUGCCCACGUGUAAAUUCACGUUUGGUUGUCGGACCGUUGGUCUUACCGUUCAAGGUGAAAUUCGAAUAUACGAUCUUGACGAGGCUGUGAAGUACAAUCUAAACGCUAUUUCUGUCAGUCGUGCGAACAUUGCAGUGGACUCGUUCAUUUUCAUCCCGCUCGAAAAAUGGUCUGUCAACUAUAUAAUUCCCAGCAAGCUUUGCACGACGCGCAAAGAGGUUUGCACUCGAACAAACUACAUCACCCCUGGAGAUGCAAUAAAUGUUGAAGCUGAAGAUUUUGGUGACGGAAGCACCGAGAAACCGCCAAAUAUCUUUGAUGCAUCCGCUCGACUUGCUUAUUUGAAAGAAAAGGACUCCUUUGAAAAAGAAGUGGCAAUUCAAACCGCCGGAGAAUAUGCAAUAAUUAUUCAUUAUUACCAACCUUAUCAUGCGACCAUUGAAACUGAAACCGCUGUUCGUAGUGACCGUACGCAGCUUGGAAAAGUUAAUUUCAAAUACUGUCCAAAUACGUCUGGAUGUCGUACUGUUGUUGAAAAUUCUGACGGUGGAAAAAUGUUCACCCUAGGCAAUAAAGUUACUUUCAGUUUUAAAGUUCCAGAAGAUAAAAAACUUUGGAUUGAUAAAAUUCUUUUUGUUCCCAAAUCAUCAUACAGUAAUGCAUUAAACGAAGGUGAACCAGUAGAUCGGACCAACGAUUUUGUCGAGUUGUGCUCUAAAGAUAACUUGUAUGUUGCGAAAGAUGAUGGAACUUUCUGCACAAAAUCUGUUUUUUCUCUCACCACAUUCUAUAAUAAUGGUACUCUGCCUUGUGCGUGUAACACGCGAGGAUCCCGCAGUGAGACAUGCGACACUUUUGGUGGACAGUGCCCUUGCUUCGAGAACAUCAUUGGCCGUACUUGUACACGUUGUAAAACUGGUUAUUAUGGUUUUCCAAAUUGUAGAAAAUGCGACUGUGAUUUCUGUGACCCCGACACCGGACUAUGCUCCUGUCCUCUGAACACUGCUGGUGAGAACUGUGCGUGCAUAAAAGGCACCUAUGGCUACGAUCCUAUUCAAGGAUGUUUACCUUGUGAUUGUGAUUCGUCUGGAAUUUCCAUAAGCGCUGGCCUGUGUAAUUCUGACUCAGGUCAGUGUGCAUGUUUGCCAAGCAGAACUGGUCGCCGUUGCGAUCAAUGUAUGUCUGGCUUCUUUGGUUAUCCCAAUUGUCAGAAAUGUGAUUGUGAUGAGAGGGGCUCUGUAGGAUGUGAUACGAAUACUGGUACAUGUAUUUGUAAGGAAGAUGUUGCCGGUGAAAAAUGUAACAUAUGUAAAAUUGGCCAUUUCUAUCUGAACGAGAACAAUGAGAAAGGUUGUUUGGACUGUUGGUGUUCCGGACAGACAAACCGUUGUGAUUCAGCAAAUGCAUCACUCUUGGCCACUUUAAGUGAUGCUGAUGAUCUUUUCGUAAACUGGAACGUGACCGGUGUAGAGUUGGAAGAAAAUGGAACGACUUUUUAUUAUGGCUUAUCAAAAACUGGAGAUCUUUCUCAUCUUUAUGGAAGAGAGAUGAUGUUGUUGAUGCAAAAAAAUGCCAGUUUACUCGAUGCUCCUAUUGCAAUCAUCAAGUCAAAAGGUGAACAUAUUUUUUAUGGAGAAAAAGCGAGUGAAAAUUCCACAUUAAGACGAUCUAUCUCACUAAAGCAGAACUUGUGGGAAAAGAGUGACGGAUCGUUGUUGACUCGUGCCCAAUUCAUGAAAGCUCUUGCUCAUGCUGAAUCGAUACAUGUUUUAUACGGAGGGAAAGAUGUUGAUUUUACGUUGCAACUUUUACCGCUUGUUGAUGGAGGAUCUCAAGUUGAACAGUGCUAUUGCCCUGAUAAUACAACUGGACUGUCAUGUCAGAAUUGCAACAAUGGCUUCUUCCGGUCAGGUGACUUUUGUUUACCUUGUCAAUGUAACGGUCAUUCCUCACGAUGUGAUCCAAAGACUGGAGAAUGUUAUGAUUGUCAACACAACACGCAAGGUAAAAAAUGCGAAAAAUGUGUAGCUGGUUACUAUGGUGACCCAACUAGUGGUUUAGUCGAUGCAUGUAAGAUUUGCGCAUGUCCAAACAGUUCUAAAAAUCUUGCAACCUCCUGUUCACGUGAUGAGGACGGCAUCUUCAACUGCACGUGUCGUGAAGGAUACGCUGGACAACAGUGUAACGUGUGUGCAGAUGGGUACUUUGGAGAUCCUUUAUCUGACGAAGGAUGUCGACCCUGUCAGUGUAACGGAAAUAUUGAUCUGUCUGCCUCCGGGAAUUGUGAUCCACAUACCGGGGAAUGUCUGCGCUGCGUAAACAAUACUAGUGGAGAACGAUGUGAAAAAUGUCAACCAGGUUACUUUGGUAAUGGGACACUUCGUAACUGCAAGCUUUGUGAAUGCAAUUUAUGCGGUUCUGUGAGCAAUGUAUGCGAUGACGUCAGUGGUGAAUGUACGUGCAAACCUGGAGUGACUGGAGCGGAUUGUAAUAAAUGUCAGCCAUCAACUUGGGGUUUCGAUCUAUGUAACGGCUGCCAGUCCUGCGCGUGCUCAGUGGCAUCCUUGGACAAUGAUUGUGAUGUCAUUACCGGUCGCUGUAAAUGUAAACCUGGAGUAACGGGUUUAAAAUGUGACGUAUGCGAAUAUGGAUACCACAGCUAUGGCGAAGAUGGUUGCAAAGCCUGCAAUUGCCCAUCCGGCCAGGCUUGUGACAUCAACGAUGGCCAUUGUUGCGAACCUGAUGAUCCUACUUGUCGGUAUUGUCCUCCAUACUACAUACAAACAGAUAAUAAAUGCGAGUAUUGUGGAUCAUGCGAAGAAAGAUUAUUCAGGAGAGUAGAUGCUUUGUUAGGAAACCAUUCUACUGUAGUUAACAUUGGCAUAGCAACGGAGGAUUCCAAACAGCAACUCACUGAUAUCGAAAUUGAAUAUAAAAAUCUUACUGAACGCGUCCACGAAUACAAUUCAAGUAUAAUUUUUCUUACUAACACGGUAAAUGGUCACUCAACAGAAGAUAAAGACAAUGUUUCAGGCAGUGGAACGCCUCCAAAGACCUUAGAGAAGUCGUUCGAAGAAAAAGCACGUAAUAUGCUUGACGACAGCAUGAACAUUGUUGAUAAAGCUAUGGAGGUCCAUACAAAUAGUAACAAAUCAAAGAUAAGUUCAACAAAGACUCGCAAUGACGCAGAAGAAAUUGAGAAGAAACUAAGAGAAUUGCUCGAUCGUAUUAAAGUUUGUCCAGCACCUUCAAGCGUGUGCCUCCAACAACAAGAAAACGUAUGUUUUACUGAUGGUGAUUGUCCUUUGGGGAUGAAAUGUUGUCGGCUUAGCAUUUGCUCGACGAGUGCAAAACAGUGUAAACGGACAACAAUUGAUUCAAGACGUGUUCUGAUGGAAAUUCAAAUGGGACACAACAGAACGUUGGAAAUUUUGCGUGAAAUCAGCUAUAUUUUGGAAGUUAUCGAAGGUCGCAACUAUACUGAAUUACAAAAGCUGGUUGAAAAUGAACUUCAACUUUCAAAACAAGCUUUACUGAACGCCACUCGUUAUAAGAUGGAUGCUUUUAAUGUCAGCAACUCUGUUCAAGAUUAUGACUUAAAAUUCAAUGAUUUGAAAAGUGUGUUACGACAUCAAAUUAACAAGACUGCAUUGUCUCUUGAUGCCAGUGAUGAGGCAGCAAAAUGGAAUGAAAAAGCAUCAAAAUACAAUCCUAAUGUCACUAUUAUAAGAGCGCAAUUAAAAAAAAAAGAAGCCGACUCUAAACUGAAAGAAGUUACAGCUAUUUUGGACGAAACUAGAGAAAUCCUGGAUAAUAUCAAAUUCCCAAACGCAAGUGUCAACUCGACCAUUUUAAACAAAUAUAUCAAGAUAUUAGAUGGACGCUUGAAAAAUCUCACCAGUGAAACCAGUCAAUUGAAGAUUUUGGUGCAAAAUGCAAGUGAUUACGCCUUCCAUUUGAAGAACUUUACGGAACAUUUACAAAGUCUGUUACGUGAUCCUAAUAAAUUUGCUGAAAAAGCUAGCAGAGCUGUGAGGGCGUAUGAUGAAGUCGUUAAAGCUAUCGAGGAAUUACUGAAAUUAGCAAAAGAGGCCCACGAAAGUAGUGAAAUUGCCCUGGAUUUGAGUGAAGGACUGGAAUUUGAAGCACAGAUUUCAAAGAAUACCAGCAUUGAUUUGAACGUCGAAGCUGUUGGACAGGUUAAGAGGGUUAUUUAUUUAUCGGAUUGGUUUGACAGACUUCGUGAACUGGUCGAGAUUAUCGAGGAGAACUUCAACGAAGCAACUGAAACUCUUAACGAAGUUAACGAACGAUUCCCUGAGUUUGAAAACGCAACGUCGAGAAUUGAAAAUCUAGCAAAAGUUGUUGAGACCAAAGCGAAAAAUGCUAAUAAGGAUUUGACAGAUGCGAAAGCUUUGGUAGAUGGAAUUAAGAUUCCAAAUUUUGAGGAACUAGAGAAUGCUACUGAAGAAAUAAUGAAACUAUUAGAUGAUUUGAUCGUUGAAAGUGAAGCGAUCAAUAGGAGCAUAUCGACGGAUUUGGAAGAUGUGAAAUUAAAUCAUAGUCUUACUGAAAAAGAGAUUGAUGAAGAAGUCGUAAAACGCAUUCUUCGUAUUCGGUAUAAAAUUGAAAGAGGACGUGACGGGAUAAAACAUUACCCAAGUUCAGCGGGUAUUUACAAUGAUGAUACGUCAGUUGAACUGCGCAUACCAGAUGUUGCAUUUAGGCCGUCAAAACAAACGAGGGUUAAAUUUGACGUAUCAACACAACAAGACAAUGCUUUAUUGUUGUUCAUGGGAAGUUAUCGCGAGUACUUUGCAUUUCAAGUGGCCAGCGGUCUGCUAUACAUCCAAUACAAAGUGGCAGGUGUAUCAGGCAAUAUUUCGACCUCACUCGAAGUUAAAAAAGGCGCAGAGGAUUGGCUAUUGGUCGAAUUUACAAAGAUAGGAGCGAAUAUUAAUGUGACAAUUGAUGGAGGUGCACCUUUUACCACAACAAUUAAAUCAUCUGACUUCAAACUUGUCAAAGGGGAAUCGCGUCUGUUUGUUGGUAAACCUCCAGAAAAUUUUAAAAUUCCUGAAGGUGUCUACAACACAACCUUAAAUGGCGAUUUUGAAUAUUUGUCCAUCAACGGUCGACGAGUUGGCUUAUACGAUGCAUUGAAUUACAACACAUCAGUUGUACCAUCACAAAGUAUCUCGAAAGUGAGAAAUGAUGGAGACAAGUAUCAGUUCUUUGGAAAACAAUUUCUUGCCCGAUCACUUCCUAAUAGGCUUAGAAGUAACAGCAAAACAAAAAUAACUACUGUCCAAUCAAAUGGUUUGAUUAUGUUCUUCCCUAUUGAUCGUGGUGUAAAGCCCACUAAAGAUUUCCUUUCUGUUGACAUUGUGAAUGGUACUUUGAGACUCAGAUUGAAACUCGACGAAAAAGAUAAUUUGCAGUACACAGAAAGGCGUUACGACGACAACGUAGAACACGAGCUGGCUUUAAAAAUCCUUGUUGACAAGGCAACGCUGAAAAUUGAUGAUAAAGAUGAGCUAAAGAUAGAAGAAAGGGCAAUAGGCCGUAAUCCAGCUGUUGGAAAAAGAGCUUAUCUUGGUGGCUAUCCACAAGAAUACAUUCUCUCACAAGCUAUCGAUAUACCGUUUUUUGUUGGCUGUAUGGAGGAGUCUGGUUUGGUACCCCAUUGGGAUACAUUUGGUUUUGAACGUGGCUGUGAUUCGUCCCUAAUAACGAGCGCCAUAUUUUCAGGCGGGAAUUCAUCACUUGAGAUUUCUGAUCCUGUGAAACUAUCGUCGGACUCACAGAUAAGCUCUUUAUUCAAAUCAAAUGGCGACGGCUUGCUCAUGAAUUUGGAAAGUGAUGAUGGUGGAUUUCUUGGCAUUGGUAUAGAUAAUGGCAAGUUAAAAAUUGAUGGUAAACUUGGUGAUGACCAAUUUGGAAACAUGGGGUCCCGUCGACGUCGUAGUUCUGAUGAUCGCGAUAUUGAAGAUGGUGAAUGGUAUUCAUUCACUGUGCGAGUGAACAAUGGGAAACUUGAUGUUUUACUUAAUGACGAAGUUAUCUUUUCUUUUGAGCUCUCUUCAAAAGCGAUUGCUGCUCUUGAGACAGGUUUCAAACUUAACUUUGGAGGUGUUCAAAACAAAGAAAAUAGCCAAUCAUCAUUAGUGAGGAACUCUGACGCAUUCUAUGGUGAAAUUAGUGAUCCAAUCAUUACAAAUGAUGGUAAAACAAGUGCCAUUGACCUUACAAAUACGAAAGAAAAGACUGGUGUCGACUUUAGAGCUGAACCAGUUCCCUAUUAUGAGCAACCAGUUGGUGUAACAUUGCAAAUACCAGAUUUUACCACAGAUAUUCCAAUAUUUACUGCUGUUGGAACAGCACCAAAUGGAAUAUUAUCUACAAAAUUUUUCUCAGAAUUUUCUUCAAGACCUUUCUCGGCAUUUUCUUCGGAACCUUACUCAGAAUUUUCUUCUUCACAUACUACAAAGUCUUCUAAAGAACUAUCCACAGAUUCUUAUUUGUCACCAUCAACUGAGCCUUCCGCAAUGUCUUCUAUUGAGCCUUCGGAAAAUCUGUCUUCAUUACCAUCUACAAAGCUUUCCUCAAAAUUUUCUAUCACAUCAUCGAUAAUAUCGUCUGCACCACAAUCCACAGUACCAUAUAAAACACCAUCUAUAGUAUCGACAGCAGCACCAUCCACAACAUCACCGAUGCAAUCAUUUUUGAUACCAUCCACAGUAGCAUCUAUAGCACCAUUAUUUACUGCAUCUUCUGUAGUAUCAUCUAUAGCACCAUCUACUUCAUCUUCUGUAGUAUCAUCUAUAGCACCAUUUACUGCAUCUUUUGUAGUAUCAUCUAUAGCACCAUCUACUUCAUCUUCUGUAGUAUCAUCUAUAUCACCAUCUACUUCAUCUUCUGAAGUAUCAUCUAUAGCACCAUUUAGUUCAUCUUCUGUAGUAUCAUCUAUAUCACCAUCUACUUCAUCUUCUGUAGUAUCAUCUAUAUCACCAUCUACUUCAUCUUCUGUAGUAUCAUCUAUAGCACCAUUUAGUUCAUCUUCUGUAGUAUCAUCUAUAUCACCAUCUACUUCAUCUUCUGUAGUAUCAUCUAUAUCACCAUCUACUUCAUCUUCUGUAGUAUCAUCUAUAGCACCAUUUAGUUCAUCUUCUGUAGUAUCAUCUAUAGCACCAUCUACUUCAUCUUCUGUAGUAUCAUCUAUAUCACCAUCUACUUCAUCUUCUGUAGUAUCAUCUAUAUCACCAUCUACUUCAUCUUCUGUAGUAUCAUCUAUAUCACCAUCUACUUCAUCUUCUGUAGUAUCAUCUAUAUCACCAUCUACUUCAUCUUCUGUAGUAUCAUCUAUAUCACCAUCUACUUCAUCUUCUGUAGUAUCAUCUAUAGCACCAUUCAUUUCAUCUUCUGUAGUAUCAUCUAUAGCACCAUUUACUGCAUCUUCAGCAGUAGCAUCUAUAACAUCAUCCACGGUACCGAUUGCGCAACCUUCAACGUGCCCGCCAGAAAUUGAGUAUGCCGAUAACACUCUUGCUGUUACUGGAAAAGGAUUUCUUGAAUUCAAAGUGACGGAGCGAGGAUUUGGUUCGAAGGGUGGACUUUCGUUCGAGUUUCGCACAUUCUCUCCUGACGGUAUGCUGAUGUACUCGGCUGACAAAGAUCAAAGGGAUUACAUCAGUGUUUUUUUGAAAGCUGGAAAAGUUUACUUUGCAUUUGACACUGGAUCUGGGGAUUUGAUAUUUACAUCUGGAACUGAUGCUGUUAACGAUGGCUCUUGGAAGAAGGUAACAAUUUAUCGCAAUAAAGUUCAAGCAACUUUAACUGUGGAUGGUGUGACGACGAGAGCCUCAGGAAAACCUGGUCCGACGGUCAUCAAUCAAAUCAUGUUUUUAUACUUCGGUGGUUAUGUGAAGGAAGUAAAGAAAUCUAAAAUCAGUGAAAACUCGCGUCUUCCAAUAUCAGCAUGCUUUCGUAACCUUGAAUGGAGCAGUGGUAAAAAGUUCCCAUUAAAACCAUCAAAACCCAAGAAGCCGAGAAAAUGUUUCCGGGACAUUUUAGACGAAGAGAAGAGUGUUUACUUUUAUGGCUCUGGUAGUUACAUGGUUGCAGAGAAAAGGUUUUUCGUUGGUCGCAAAAUGAAAUUAAGUAUGGAUAUAAAACCGUUUUCUUCAAAUGGAGUUUUGGUUUCUGUUACUGAUGGACAAUUACCCAGAAAAGGAGAUUUUGUUAUUUUAGAGCUUUUCAACGGAAGUGUGAUAGCUCGCGUUCAAAAUGGUGACGGUGUUAUCAAGGUAUCCUGGACACCGGAGAAAGGCGCUACGUUGUGUGAUAAAAAAUGGCAUCGCAUUGAUUUCUCGAAAUUUGGCACGAAAGUCAUGCUUCAGGUUGACCAAGACCCACCUAUGAUAGUACGGAAGGGAAGGAAAAGCGUUGGAAAUACCAAAAAUCAGCCCCUCUAUGUUGGUGGAAUACCAAAAUCUCUGAAACAUUCAGGCAUUGAAGUGAGAGAAUCUUAUCAAGGAUGCUUAAAGAAUGUGAGAAUUCAAACUUCAAAAGUCAUGGAUUUAUUCAAACCUGUAUCAAAGCACGGGCAUAUUUCCAUGUUUGGUUGCCCAGUUGCUGAUUCAAUUUGAAAAUAUCUAUUAUAAUCGAUCCUUCUACAGCGUCUUGUUUCUUUCUUAAUCACAUAUGAGAAGAUGAACUGUAAUAAUCAUUGAAAUUAAAUGCAAUUUUUGUUUUUGUAA